AAUCAGCAGGCGCCCCCCAACCCGGCCCGCCCCCUCCCCCUCGGGUGACAGAAAGUCGGCCCAGCAGAUGAGGAAGUGGCAGGCAGGCUGGCCCUGGGGACUUCUCUCUGGCACUGCUCUCUCCGAGCCCCUCCACGACAGCCCAACUGGCCCACCACUGAGUCCUUCUCCAGGAUGGAGGCUGUCGUGAACUUGUAUCAGGAAAUGAUGAAGCAUGCAGAUCCCCGGAUCCAUGGCUACCCUUUGAUGGGGUCCCCACUGCUAAUGACCUCCAUCCUCCUGACCUACGUGUACUUCGUUCUCUCACUUGGUCCUCGAAUUAUGGCCAAUCGGAAGCCCUUCCAGCUCCGUGGCUUCAUGAUUGUCUACAACUUCUCACUGGUGGCACUGUCCCUCUACAUUGUCUAUGAGUUCCUGAUGUCUGGCUGGCUGAGUACCUACACCUGGCGCUGUGAUCCUGUGGACUAUUCCAACAACCCUGAGGCACUUAGGAUGGUUCGAGUGGCCUGGCUCUUCCUCUUCUCCAAGUUCAUUGAGCUGAUGGACACGGUGAUCUUUAUUCUUCGGAAGAAAGAUGGGCAGGUGACAUUCCUACAUGUCUUCCACCACUCAGUACUUCCCUGGAGCUGGUGGUGGGGGGUAAAGAUUGCCCCUGGAGGAAUGGGCUCUUUCCAUGCCAUGAUAAACUCCUCUGUGCAUGUCAUCAUGUACCUGUACUAUGGAUUGUCUGCCCUUGGUCCUGUGGCUCAGCCCUACCUUUGGUGGAAAAAGCACAUGACAGCCAUCCAGCUGAUCCAGUUUGUCCUGGUCUCACUGCACAUCUCUCAGUACUACUUCAUGCCCAGCUGUAACUACCAGUUUCCAAUCAUCAUCCACCUCAUCUGGAUGUAUGGCACCAUCUUCUUUGUGCUAUUCUCCAAUUUCUGGUAUCACUCUUACACCAAGGGCAAACGGCUGCCCCGUGUACUUCAGCAAAAUGGAGCUCCAAGCACUGGCAAGGUCAAAGCCAACUGAGAAACAUGGCCUAGGUAGGCGCCCACCUAAGUGCCUCAGGACUGCACCUUAGGCAGCAUCCAUCAGUGUCCUCCCCGCCUACACCUGUGACCAGGGCUUAUAUGGUCAAGACUGAGCAGGGGACAGGCCCUCCCGUCCCCACAACUGGUUCAAAGGGACCACUGCCUCAUCCACUUCUUUAGGCCAGCCCUAGGGACCUGGCCUCAUUGCCUUCUGUUACUUCAGAGCUGGGGGCUAAAAGGGCUGGACACUUACUUCCCCCUCUCUGCCUUAAACUUGGGGAAGGAGCACUCAGGGCUGGCCCCCACCAGGGUCUUACGGCCUUUUUCUCACACUGAAGAGGUCAGCAAUAAUCUGUCACUGUGGACCCAGAUGCCCUCCUUCUCCACCCCUACGCUGAAGCAGGAGCUUCUCGGCCAAAGGUCAGGGUGGGUGAGGGACCUGGAAAUACAGCCAGUGGAGGCUGCUCACUCACUAUGUCUUAAUUAAAAGUGACAGAGGAAACC